UUUCUUUUGUCUCUGUAUUAUUAGGUAACUACUGCAACCACGAUGGGCUCAGUGAAAUCAGUUGGGCUGUCUCUUCUUCUGUUGUCUUUUCUUCUCUAUGUAGCCGAUUCUUACCCCAACAUUGACUUAUCAAACAUGGGCUGUGAGGAGUGCACACUGAGAAAGAAUACAGUUUUCUCGAGGGAUCGUCCGAUUUAUCAGUGCAUGGGCUGCUGCUUCUCCAGAGCGUACCCAACACCUCUUAAGGCCAUGAAGACUAUGACGAUCCCAAAGAACAUCACCUCGGAGGCAACGUGCUGUGUCGCAAAGCACAGCUACGAGACAGAGGUGGCUGGCAUAAGGGUGAGAAACCACACAGACUGUCACUGCAGUACCUGCUAUUUUCAUAAGAUCUGACAGAUGGGAACUGCAUUCUUCAGCAACAAAUUGUGUUUCAUGUAAUAUGCACAAGCUCUUCUCUGUUUUAAGAUUAAUUUACUUCCAGAUAAUAUGUUUGUAGUGAUUCUGUCUGUGUAUGUAUAAUUAGCCUACAUUUUUGGAUUAAUUAUUAGAUAUAUAUGAUUGAUUUAGAUUAAAAAGCAAUUAAAACAUGAA